AUGACGGACGAUUUGCGCAACGGCCAUGGCAUUCCAUUGCUGCAAGUCAUUGCGUCCUCAGAUCAACAGCCCUUCGAGACGCCGUCCAAGCGUAUCAACGAUGGCGACGACCUUUCUUUCUUCUUGCGCUCCUCGGCCUACGCCGACAUCAUGACCUGGAUUCUUCAGUUGAAUCGUUCCAUGAUUCCCGUCAAGCGUCCAGACGACUCAAGUCUUGUCGACACAUGGCCUUUGCAGUCCAAGAACAUGGUCCUUUCUCCCGAAGUGGUCAAAUUGAACCAUCUCAUCCGCUCACUCGAUGCUCUCAUGGAAAAGGCGCCUCCAGAGUCUGGACCCCGAAGGUUCGGCAAUCCUGCCUUUCGUACAUGGUACAAGGCUGUUCAGGAAGCCACACCAUCUCUNUUGCCAGACGCCCUUUCCGACAAGCUGUGGGGCCGUGCUCGGGACGACGCCGAGCUGAACGCUUUGAAUCUCGAAUUGGCUGCAUACCUUCUUGGGAGUUUUGGAAGUCCCGAAAGACUUGACUAUGGUACCGGCCAUGAGCUGGGCUUCUUGGCCUUUCUGGCCUGUGUCUGGAAGUUGGGUGGCUUCGCUCACGCCGAUACUGGUGUCCAAGAAAGAGCCAUUGUUACAGCCGUCAUACAACCCUACCUAGAUCUUGUUCGAAAGCUUAUUCUGACCUAUUCUCUGGAACCUGCAGGUUCUCAUGGCGUGUGGGGACUUGACGACCAUUCUUUCAUCCCAUACAUACUAGGUUCUGCUCAAUACUGUGCGCCCAUCGAUGCCGACUCGAUCAAGAUCCCUAACGAGGGCUCGCUCUCAGGUUCGCCAUCGCCUAUUCGAACGGCCAAGCGUGACUCGGCCGAAAUGUACAGAGACACCAACCUGUAUUUCUCUGCCAUCGCCUUUAUCUUCAAUGUCAAGAAAGGGCCCUUUUGGGAGCACAGUCCUACUUUGUAUGAUAUAUCAGGGAUCAAGGAUGGAUGGGCCAAGAUUAACAAGGUCAAGAACCAUGUGCAUGAUGUCAAUGUGAAUUUGCUAACAGAUCAGCAGGGGAUGAUUAAGAUGUACAACGCCGAAGUGCUCUCCAAGUUCCCAGUUGUCCAGCACUUCCCUUUUGGUUCCCUCUUCCGGUGGGAGCAAGACCCCAGCGCUCCAAUGCCUGCCACAUCUGCUCAUAUGGGUUCUCAGCCAAGACCUUCGACGUCGUCCAGCACCAAGAACAUGAGCUUUGCACAACCGUCGACGCGUGCACCAUGGUCAGGUACAGCAGCAAGAACGUCCUCGACACCUGUCACGGGCGCGCCAUGGGCAGUGACCGGAUCAUCAUCAUCUCCAGCAAAUGUCACCAGAGCACCGUGGUCAAGAGCCCCGCCAGGAUCUAAUCGACCAGCUUGA